AUGGGGAAAGCGGCCGCUCUGUGCCGAGGCGGUGGCUGUGGCGGCCGCUCCCGCGGGCUCUCGUCGUUCUUCACGGUUGUCCCCUGCCUGUCCUGCCACACGGCGGCGCCGAGCAUGAGCGCCUCCACGCCCGGCUCCGAGCCGGAGCCCAAGCCUCAGCACCAGGCGGUGCCCGAGCCCAAACGGGAUCUGGUGUCAGAACAGGUGUCGGAGCCAGUUUCUGAGCCGGUGCCAGGAUCGGAGCCUGAGUCCAGGAAGAUGUCUGAGCCAAGGCCAGGGUUCAAACAGGAAUUGGAACUGCUGCAGGGGUUGGGGACCGGGUCAGGGCCCCGGGAAGAGUUGGGCUCAAGCUUGGGGGCUGGGCCCUUCACCAAGGCCCCGUCCGAGCAGGUGCUGGCGCUGGGGCCAGUAGUGGGGAGCGUGCCCUUGACCGAACUUGAGUCCGGGUUGUUGCCAGCAUCAAAGGCCCUGCGACCAGGGCAGGUGAAGACACAUCUUGGGGCUCCAGUGCCAGGGAGUGGCACGCCCUCCGCUCUCCCGAUGGUCUCACUUCCUCUGGACAGCUUCAAGGGCUGGCUUCUCAAGUGGACCAACUACCUGAAGGGCUACCAGCGCCGCUGGUUCGUGCUCAGCAACAGCUUCCUGUCUUACUACAGAAAUCAGGGUGAAAUGGCCCACACCUGCCGUGGCACCAUCAACCUGUUCACUGCGCACUUUGACACGGAGGACUCUUGCGGUAUCGUGCUGACCAGUGGGGGCAGGACCUACCACCUCAAGGCCGGCUCAGAGGUGGAGCGGCAGCAGUGGAUCACCGCCCUGGAGCUGGCCAAGGCCAAGGCUGUCCGCUUGAUGAGCAGCCAGUCAGAUGACUCUGGGGACGACGAGGACGGGACUGCCUCCCCAGCUGACAAGAGCGAGCUACACGACACCAUCAAGAAGCUCUCCCUGAAGCUGGACGACCUCAGCACGUGCAAUGAGCUCGUGGCCAAGCACGGGGUGGCACUGCAGCGCUCCCUGAGCGAGCUGGACGGCCUCAGGAUCCCCUGCGAGAGUGGCGAAAAGCUGAAGGCGGUCAGCGAGCGGGCCACCCUCUUCCGCAUCACUUCAAAUGCUAUGAUCAACGCCUGCAGGGACUUCCUGGAACUAGCUGAGACGCACAGCCGGAAAUGGCAGCGGGCUCUGCAGUAUGAGCAGGAGCAGCGCGUCCAUCUGGAGGAGACCAUCGAGCAGCUGGCCAAGCAGCACAACAGCCUCGAGCGCGCUUUCCGUAGCGCCCCCGGCCGGGCCGCCAACCCCACCAAGAGCUUCAGCGAGGGAAGCCUCUUAACCACCAAAGGCGAAGACAGUGAGGAAGAUGAAGAUACCGAGUACUUCGACGCCAUGGAAGACUCCACGUCCUUCAUCACAGUGAUCACUGAGCCCAAGGAGGACAGAAAAGCUGAAGGUGGGACUACAGGCUCCGUGGAAUGGACCUCAGACAAUGUGCUAGACAGCACCUCGCUUGUGCCCCAGGGCCCCCCCAAAGUCAAGAGGCGUGUCCGCAUCCCCGACAAGCCCAACUACAGCCUUAAUCUUUGGAGCAUCAUGAAGAACUGCAUCGGCCGGGAGCUCUCCAAGAUCCCCAUGCCGGUCAACUUUAAUGAGCCCCUGUCCAUGCUCCAGCGGCUGACGGAGGACCUGGAGUACCACCACCUGCUGGACAAGGCAGUGCACUGCACCAGCUCCGUAGAGCAGAUGUGCCUGGUGGCGGCCUUCUCUGUGUCCUCCUACUCCACCACCGUGCACCGCAUCGCCAAGCCCUUCAACCCCAUGCUGGGCGAGACCUUCGAGCUGGACCGGCUCGAUGACAUGGGCCUGCGCUCCCUCUGCGAGCAGGUGAGCCACCACCCGCCAUCGGCCGCACACUAUGUGUUCUCCAAACACGGCUGGAGCCUCUGGCAGGAGAUCACCAUCUCCAGCAAGUUCCGGGGGAAAUACCUCUCCAUCAUGCCGCUAGGUGCCAUCCACUUAGAAUUCCAGGCCAGCGGGAAUCACUACGUGUGGAGGAAAAGCACCUCGACUGUGCAUAACAUCAUCGUGGGCAAGCUCUGGAUCGACCAGACAGGGGACGUCGAGAUUGUGAACCACAAGACAAAGGACCGGUGCCAGCUAAAGUUUUUACCCUACAGCUAUUUCUCCAAAGAGGUGGCCCGGAAGGUGACAGGAGUGGUGAGUGACAGCCAGGGCAAGGCCCACUACGUGCUGUCAGGCUCGUGGGAUGAACAGAUGGAGUGCGCCAAGAUCGUGCAAAGCAGCCCCAGCAGCCCCAGCUUGGACGGGAAGCAGAAAACGGUGUACCAGACGCUACCGGCCAAGCUGAUGUGGAAGAAGUACCCGCUACCGGACAAUGCAGAGAACAUGUACUACUUCUCGGAGCUGGCCCUGACCCUCAACGAGCACGAGGAGGGCGUGGCACCCACCGACAGCCGCUUGCGGCCCGACCAGCGGCUGAUGGAGAAGGGCCACUGGGAUGAGGCCAACAUGGAGAAGCAGCGGCUGGAGGAGAAGCAGCGCGUGAAUCGGCGCCGGAGGCUGGAGGCCUGCUCGCGAGGCUGCGGUGCGGAGGAAGCAGAGAAGGAGGCCGAAGUGUACGUGCCGCUGUGGUUUGAGAAGAGGCUGGACCCGGUGACUGGGGAGACGGCCUGCGUGUACAAGGGUGGCUACUGGGAGGCCAAGGAGAAGCAGGACUGGCACAUGUGCCCCAACAUCUUCUGAGCACCACCCCCCUCCUGCAAAUACAGGCGGCUGCACAGCCUGGUCCACCUUCUAUUUAAUGCACUCAAUUUAGUACUCAACUGCCCUCCCCACCUUUUCCUUCUUAUGUUUUUUAAUAACACUUUUUUUGGGCUCCCACCUUGGAAGGAGGAAGUGCUGACCCGGGUUCUUUCCAGCCCCCAGGUGCCCCGGGUCUCCUAUGACCCUUCAUCAUGGACUUGAGCCCCAUCAGGACCCCCAGCUCCAGUUUCCACACCUCAGGCAGGCUGGCCCAGGCCCUGGGCUGCUCCAGUCACCAGCCCCCCAGGGAGGAACUGGCCCCCUCCCAGGGAGCCGCUUUGACUUUUUUAGAAAAAAAAUGAUCUCCAUUUCUUUCUAGCCAAGAUAUUUAGUAAAUAUUUUUAGUACAGCACUCGGUGGACAACUUUCUAAGUGUGCUUUCUUGCCACAGAAGCGUCCUGGCAAGAGCCCUUUCUUUUUAAGACAUUGGGAAGCCAGAUGGACCCCUUUGAGUCAGGAGCAUUUUGUAGCUCAAACAAACAGCAAGGCCGUCUGUAUGUGAGCUGCCUGCCCCCCAGGAGCCCAGGACCCCCCAGAGAAGGGAACCAAGGGCCACCGGGCCCAGGAGAGCAUAAGUCAGUUGUCUCUGGAGCCAAAGCCCCACGCAUGGUGGGGAAGGGGGCACUGAGGGGCCACCAUGUGGAUUCGAGGGCAACAGCCCCUGCCUAGCCCUGGCCAUGCUGGGGCUGCUCCCCAGCCCCACAGAGGCCGGGCCUGCAGGCGCUCCUGCCACGGAACCCGGCCCCAAAUCAGCAAUAAGAACCAACGGCUCAGCCUGGGUUGGUAUCCUGGGCACCAGAGAACCCAGAGUCCCGUCUCUGGGGUGCCCCAUCUCAGCACCCCUAAACUCUUUAUUUGCCUGAUAUAUAUAUAUAUGUAUAUAUAUAUAUGAUAUAUAAAUAUAUAUAAAAUAGCUAUUUUGCUUAAAUUUUUAUGGUAUGUAGAAGUGAAAAAAUGAUGACGACAGGGUGCUCCUGUCUGAGUUUGGCCCUCCUGUCAGCUGUGCCCUGACCUCUCCUCAGAUUCCCUUCCAGUGGCUUCUGCCAACUGUGGGGGGGCCUGGGCCACUGUGGCCACUGUCCCAGCCCCUCAGAACUCCUACUCAACCUUUCACACUUCAAUUUGGUCCUGAAAGUUCAUCACAGGGUUUUACUUUCUACUCCAGGACUGGUUUUGCUUUUAUAAAAAAAACAAAAGUGAAAACACCAACGUGUGAAAUGCCUUAGGGUGCCCACUGGAGGGCGGGUGGGCAGGCACGCAGCCCCAUGAGGCCUGCGGCAGAGCUGUUCAAUGUUCCUUUUCUCAGAACUGUGAGUGAGCACCUUCUGACCAGUAAUAAAAAAUCUUGGAGUUUUCCACGGCCCCAUACCUGAGUCUGUCUGUGACUGGGUAGAGCAGGGCUGACACGGGAGAGCAGGCGACAGCCCACAGGUGGCAUGGGGGAGGAGUGUGGGGCUCUAUUCUGCUCAGUGCCAGAAGGAGGCAGUGGGAGGUUGGUCUGGAUGGGGAGAGGUGGGGUGGAAGACCUGGUGGGACAGGGUCUGGGCCAGGAAGGCUGCAGAGCGCUGAGGUGCCACCUACUGGAGGGUCACAGUUUGGCCUGGGGCCAGGCCAAGGCCCUCACCACUCUCCGCAGAGAACACUGGCCCUGGUGAGGUCUAGGGUUGCUCAGUGACCAUGACCUGACCUCAAGCAACUUGGAUCACUAGCUCCCGGGACCCGAACAAGGGUGGCUGGUCUGGCCCAGUGGGUCCUCCCCUCCCACUGCCAGCACUUCCAGGUGACAGGAUGGAGUCGGGCAGGGCACCACAGGGGCAUCAGAGCCAGGCUCUAGCCACCUGUCCCAACACCCCAAUGCUGUGGGAUCCAAGGCUGGUACCGUACAACUCCUUCCUUUCCAGGGCCUUAACUUUCCCACCUGUGGGGAGGCAGGCACCGGUGAGUCCCUGCCGAGAUGCUGGAGGCACAGCCCUCACUGGAGAGAAGGGCGUGGGGUGAGGCAACCCCAGGACAGCCCUGACCCAGGAGGCAGUGGAGGAUCUGCCAGGGGAGGGAAUGGAAUAUAAGAAUAGAAUUUUCAUAUAUCCAAAUACGACAACAGCAAAUAGAAUCCAGCCACAUACAAAAAACUGAUACCCCAAAUUGGUAAACAUAUGCCCAAGUUGGUUUUACACAGUAAUGCAAGAAUGGGUCAAAAUCAGGAAGCUUUUAGUUGUAAAUCAUUCGUUGUACCAACUAGUUCAAGAGGGACUUCUCCUUCUGGAUGGCAGACUAAAUGCCUGGAUUAUCCUUCUUUGUGGAAAACUAGACAUGUUGGAUAAAAUUUUAAAACACCUUAAAUGCAUCCAUGAGCUGGAAUGGAUAUAAUGAAUCCUCAGGCCAAAAAUUAAGUGGGUGUGGAAACCUGGGGAGACAAGAGCUCUGAAGUCUGCUUCUCACUGGCAUUUACUGAGCCCACUGAGCCUAAGUUUUCACUGCCUCAAAUGACCUGCCUGAUAUAGGGCAUCCAGUUUGAGAUAAUCUCCCUCAAGCUGGGCCCCCAAAGGGCUAUACCUUCAAUAUAAUGGUGAAUCAAGAGUAAUAAAAUACAAGGAAAAUUGCUUGUCUUAAAGGUUAGUCACAAGCAGAGCAGAAAAAAAAAACCCCUAAGAAUUUGUAAUCAGAAGCAGACCCUCACUUGGCUUCACAGCCCAAAUACAUGCUAUCAGGAUGAUCCAAUAAAACCUCUAGUAGAGAAUACAGCAUGGUCCCAAAUUGGCAAUGUCCCCAGUCACAUGAGAGAAACAAAUCCUCUCUAGAGGUUCUCCCCUUCAUUCCAGACCUUAUGGAACCCCAGAUGUGAAGGUGAAAGGAAAACAAGCAGCUCACAGUAUAACAUCUCCAAACACACAAGGAAAUACAACACACAUUGGCAUAAGCAAUGGCCGACAGAAAUAACAGCAGAAUCAGACGUAACAAAACUACUCAAUAUAGCAAAAUUAACAGACACAAUAUAAAAUAAGCAUGUUUAAUAUAUUUCUAGAAACAGAAAGGUGGCUUGAAAAUGAGUAAAAAGCCUUCAAAAGUACUAAAGAACCUGCAGAAAUUGAAAAAAAUCACUAAAACCAAUGAAUAAUUUUAUAGCAGAUUACACAUGAAGAGAGUAUUGGUGACAUGGAAGUGAGAUCUGCGGAAAUUAUCCAGAAAGCAACACAGACACACAAAGAGGUGAAAAGUGUAAAAAAGAAAUUAAGAGACAUGGAGGAUAAAGUGAGACGAUCCCACAUGUGUCCAAUCAAAAUGGAACAGAAGCAAUCUUUGAAGAGUUAAUGACUAAAAAAUUAACUUUUGACAAGAAACAUCAAUAUACAGAGUCAAUUCCAACAAAUCCUAGUCACGGUAAAUAAAAAGACAUCCACAGCUAAAUACAAUAUAGUGAAAUCACAAGACCUUUAAAACAACAAAAUUUUAAAAGGAGCCAAACUUGGGUGGGUGAUACCUUGAAAGAGCAUUGAUUAGAAGUUCACUGUCUUCUGACCACCAAAGAAAGUCAGAAGACAAUGAAACGAUAUCUCCAAAGUAGAAGAGAAAAUGUUAGUAUUCCUAGUGAAAAUAUCUUUCAGGAACCAAAGGAAAAUAUGACAUUAACAAAAUGUCAUAUUAAAACAAUACUGGGACUUCCCUGGUGGUCCAGUGGCUAAGACUCCAUGCUCCCAAGGCAGUGGGCCUGGGUUUGAUCCCUGGGCAGGGAACUAGAUCCCACAUGCAUGCCGCAACUAAGAGUCCACAGGCUGCAACUAACAGACCACAUGCCACAACUAAGAGGCCGCCUGCCACAACCAAAAGAUCCCACAUGCCGCAAUGAAGAUCCUAUACACGGCAACGAAGAUCCCAUGUGCCGCAACUAAGACCUGGCACAGCCAAACAAAUAAAUAAAUAUUUUUUAAAAAAUUAAAUGGCUUAUGGAGUUAGACUUUGAUGAGUUAAGUAUUGGACUGGCCAAAAAGUUCAUUCAGAUUUUUCCACAACAUCUUUAUGAAAAACCCAAACGAACUUUUUAGCCAACCCAAUAUUAUGUAAAACAUAUAGAGGAAUAGGAAUACUAAAUUUCCAAAACAGA